GAUAUAUACAAGAUCUGCAACAUCGAUUGGAACAAAAACGAUCUACACAUAUUCCAUAUUCGUCUUUACCUAGCCACCAUCAGACAUACUCUUCUCUUCUAUUGAAAUUUUUAUUUGUAUUUUCUUUAUGGAUUAAAGAGGCCAUUCUCCUUACUUAAAGAGCUGGACCAGCUUCUUCCCCUCCACUCGACAGUAUGCACUCAUAGCUUCUUUGUUUCCUUGUGCUUUUGCUCUCUUUCUCAAUCUCAAAAUCUUGGUCUCUUUGGAGUUUGGAUCACAUAACCCAUAACAAGACGAAGAAGAAAUUCCCUUGUGUCAUUAGAAGGUUAAGCUACAAUCAUAAAACUACCGUCCUCAUUUACGUCCACCUCUUCUUCCUUCCUCUCCUCCACUGAUCACCACCUUUGUUCCAAAGAAACAAACCAUGGAAGACCCCAGAAGACGAGGAAUACUGGGACGUCAAUCUCUUGCAGACACGAAGAACAUGGAAAGAUAUAAUAAGCCCAAACCAUCUCUUCUUCUAUUUUCUCUACUUGUUUUCCUAGUCUUCUCAAUUCCUGCUUCUGCUGCUCAACAACCCAUCAAAACUAUUGUAGUCCUCGUCAUGGAGAAUCGAUCAUUCGAUCACAUGCUUGGAUGGAUGAAGAAAUCUACCAACCCAUUAAUCAAUGGGGUCACAGGCAAUGAAUGCAACCCUGUUUCUACUAAAACCCCAGGUUCCCAAUCCAUCUGCUUCACUGAUGGCGCUGAAUUCGUCGACCCAGAUCCAGGCCAUUCCUUCGAGGCGGUUCAGCAGCAGGUCUUUGGCUCCAGCCUCAUCCCUUCCAUGUCCGGAUUCGUCGAACAAGCUCUAACCAUCUCUCCUAAUCUCUCUGAAACAGUCAUGAGAGGCUUUAAUCCCGAAUCGAUACCCAUCUAUGCAUCUCUGGUUCGUGAGUUUGCCGUCUUCGACCGGUGGUUCUCUUCGAUUCCAGGACCUACCCAGCCCAAUAGACUAUUCGUUUACUCUGCAACUUCUCAUGGGUCGAUUAGUCAUGUUAAGAACCAGCUUGCGCGUGGGUACCCCCAGAAAACCAUCUUCGAUUCUCUCCAUGAGAAUGGGAUUGAUUUUGGGAUUUACUUCAAGAACAUCCCCUCCACUCUCUUCUAUAGGAAUUUACGGAAAUUGAAAUAUAUAUUCAAGUUCCAUCAGUUCGAUUUGAAGUUCAAGAGGGAUGCCAGAGAAGGGAGAUUGCCUAGCUUGACAGUGAUCGAGCCAAGGUACUUCGAUCUUAAAGGUUUACCUGCAAACGACGAUCACCCAUCUCACGAUGUUGCCGCUGGGCAGAAGCUUGUGAAAGAGGUGUACGAGGCUUUGAGAUCGAGUCCUCAAUGGAAUGAGACCCUUCUGAUCAUUACUUAUGAUGAGCAUGGUGGGUUCUUUGAUCAUGUUAGUACUCCCUAUGUGAAUGUGCCAAACCCAGAUGGGAACACGGGCCCUGCUCCUGAUUUCUUCAAGUUCGAUAGAUUGGGAGUUCGUGUGCCGACGAUCAUGGUCUCUCCUUGGAUCAAGAAAGGAACUGUGAUAAGUGGCCCAAAGGGUCCAACUCCGAGCUCUGAAUUCGAGCAUUCCUCAAUACCUGCAACCAUUAAGAAGAUAUUCAACCUCUCCUCCAACUUCCUUACUCACAGAGAUGCUUGGGCCGGUACAUUUGAGCAGGUCGUGGGAGAAUUAACAUCGCCUAGAACUGAUUGUCCAGAGGUGUUACCAGACGUGGCUUCCCUUAGAAACACACAAGCAAAAGAAGAUGGAGGGCUAUCGGAGUUUCAGGGCGAGAUAGUACAGUUAGCUGCCGUCCUCAAUGGUGACCAUUUCUUGAGCAGUUUCCCGGACGAGAUGAGCAAGAAGAUGACUGUCAAAGAGGCUCAUGAGUAUGUGAAGGGUGCAGUAUCCAGAUUCAUGAGAGCAAGCAAAGAGGCCAUCAAUUUGGGAGCACAUGAGUCCGCAAUAGUUGAUAUGAGGUCUUCUCUUACUACCAGAACCAUAUUCCACCCUUAAGACAUUAUACAUAUAUCUCCCUCAUACGGUCAUACCCCAUACCUCUCUCCUUAUCCUUUUCUUCUUAUUGGUUACUAUAGUUUAUUAUCACUGGUCAGAGACUUUUCCUGCAAGUGCUUAUGCUAAAAAUUCUUUCCAAGAAGGAUUGCCUUGCUUGAGUCUCUCUCAUAGCCUCAUAGCCAAGGAUUUUAAAUCGAAAUCGGGGUCAAAUCGGUCCUGCUGAGCAACUGAUUCUGAUCUGAGCUGAUUAGGUGUUAAAAACCGUAGAAUCCAUACAUCAUAUCUGAAAAACCCAACAAUCUAAUCUCAAAAACCCUAGAAUCGGCAGCUGCUCUAGAACAUCCAGAAUCGAGACCCAGUCCGAUCCAAAUUGGCCCCCCUUGCAUUACUUGCAUUUUUUUUUUUUUUUGGGUGCAACUUGCAUUACUUGCAUUUCAUGGGUAUGGUGAAGUCUAAGGCAUUGUAAGAUACUUGAUCUAUUGAGCAUUUAGGCAUCUCGCUUUCCUUGUUUUCUUC